CCCGGCCCAUCCCGGCUCCUCCCCCGGCCCGGCAGAAGAUGGCGGCGGCCGCGGGCUGGGCGCUGCUGGCGCUGGCGCUGUGUGUGAGCGCGGCCGGCGGCUCCGAGGGCAAGCGGCGGGAAGGGCCGCCCAAGAAGAAGGACAUUCGGGACUACAACGACGCGGACAUGGCCCGGCUGCUGGAGCAGUGGGAGAAAGAUGAUGACAUUGAAGAGGGAGAUCUCCCUGAACACAAGAGGCCUCCAGCACCAAUAGAUUUCUCAAAAAUAGAUCCAGGCAAACCUGAAAGCAUCCUGAAGCUGACAAAGAAGGGGAAGACUUUGAUGAUGUUUGUCACAGUGUCAGGAAAUCCAACAGAAAAGGAGACAGAAGAGAUCACCAGCUUGUGGCAGGGCAGUCUUUUCAACGCAAACUACGACGUGCAGAGGUUUAUUGUUGGCUCCAAUCGGGCUAUCUUCAUGCUGCGGGAUGGUGGCUAUGCCUGGGAGAUCAAAGACUUCCUGAUAAAUCAGGAAAGGUGUGCAGAUGUUACUUUGGAAGGUCAGGUUUAUCCUGGCAAAGGAGCAGAUGGAAAUGAGAAAGUGAAAAACAAAACAAAACCUGACAAAGCAAAGAAGAAAAAAGACACAGAGAAGAAAUCCAACGGUGUCAAAGAGGACAACCGAGCAACCAACCAGAGAGAGGAGCUAUGACAGCCACGGUGCCCAGACUGAAUCCUGCUCUGCUGCUCCUUGAAGGGAAUCUGCUGAUGAGUCCUGGGUUUUGGGGAGGAAGGAAGCAGAGACUACUGAAGCUUAAAUUU